AUGCAGGUACGAAGGGCUGCAUGUAAGAAUCUAUUGCAAAAAUCUGGCCAAAUUCUGACCGAAUCACGACAAGGCCAAGCUCACUGCUUCAGGAGACGACCUACGCACCGCUUCAACUCGACUGCCAGCCCCCUGCGUCAGGCCUGGAAUCAGCUGUACCAAUUCCUUUGGCGUUCGAAUGAGAGGAGACGCAAGAUUUCAGAGCCGUGUCAAUACCGCCAGUCAAGAAAUGUGGGACCUGUGUUUACCUACACACCAUUACCGAAGCAAGAUGGAAGUCAAAGGGAGAUUCGCUUGCUGACGGUCCACGAGGGUGACGGGACUGAGAUCCGCUAUUCUCUAAACACUGUGUCCUUGGAUGAAGCACCGCCAUAUGAAGCACUCUCUUAUGUAUGGGGAGAUCCGAACAGGACUCGAGAGAUCAUAUUGGAUGGCAAGUCAUUCCGAGUGACCACAAAUCUCGCUCGAGCUCUUCGACAUCUCCGUGACGGGCAGAAACCAAGGACGCUGUGGAUUGAUGCAAUAUGCAUUGAUCAACAGAAUGCAGAAGAGAGGUCCUCUCAAAUCCUGCUGAUGCGUGAUGUCUUUCAAAGAGCAUCGAAAGUCGUUGUCUGGCUGGGGGAAAGUACCAUGGCUAGCAAAGCUUCAUUCUCUCUCAUACGAAAACUCGAUUUCGGGAGUAGCAGCUUCUGGGAGCAGAAAGAAAAUCAAGGACCUGUAUCACUCUCACAAGAUGCUCUCGGUGGACUCCAAACGCUGCUGAAUAGGCGAUCGUCUCUCACAGGGCUGCGAGGCAUCAUCAACGAUAUUGCUUCGAGACCGUGGUGGACGAGAGUGUGGGUCAUUCAAGAAGCUGCCGUUGCUCGUUCAAUCGUUGUAAGGUGCGGUGAUGAUGAGAUGCCAUGGUGGCUCUUCUCAAAUGCACUCUCUGCUAUAGCGACCCUUGCGCCGGACCUGUCAGGGCCUUCGACGGAGAGAUUGAUCCUGUUUAAGAAGCGCUUGAGCAUCCACAUGCAUAUUUCCAAAGGACCCCUACGGAGUCUUGAAGAUCUUGUCGCCAAUACUCGUAUCAUGGUUGCCACUGAUCCCAAGGAUAUGGUCUAUGCACUUCUGGGACUUGCUGGGAAUAUCGGCGAUCCGACUAGCCAUCCUAUCUGUUCACCAGACUAUUCGUCUGCAACAUCCGUGGUGGAUGUAUACAGAGACUUUGUCGCAUAUUGCAUAUCACAAGGCAGCCUGGAUAUUAUCUGCAUGCGACGUAACUACGAUCAUCUGGACGGAUCAUGGCCAUCCUGGGUCCCAGAUUGGACCUCAAGCGGGAUCUCAAGCUCAGACACCCAAGGUACUGGGAGUUCGUAUCAUGGCUUCGACAUGAUAGAAGGCAAUAGCUUGAUCAACAAGCCACUUCUGAUGAAAUACCGCGGCCUCAACCAACUCACACAAGAUCCAAAGUCACCACCCUGGCAAGCCUCUCGAAACACUUCACCAGUCACGAAAAUAACAAAAUCGCCACCCACUUUGACAGCAAAAGGAAUAUAUAUCGACCGGAUCCAACACCUCGGUGAAGCCCCAACAUUUCGCGAUAGGAGACUCCUCGUCUGCGAUUUCUCUCCCUGGGAAAGACUCAUGAUGCGGCAUUUCGGCGAAGGACCCGAACAGCACAUGUUCCAUAUCCUCGACCAAUGCCACAAGAUCUGCCUCUCCAAAGCCUUCGUCCUGCAAGAAACACGAAACAAAAUGAUAAAAAGCAUGUACAAGCUCUUUAUCAUGCGUCUUCCCAUGGAACGAAUACGCGGCAGAGUCUACGCGCGUCGAAUGUCCGAUAGGCGGUGGAGACAUGGGAAAUAUAUCGCGAGGGGAUACUCGAUUGCGCAGGCUUACACGAGAACAUUAUUUCUUGAUAGGGUUUUGGGAUUUCCCAGGAAGUCGAAUGAGGGUGUGAGGUAUCUGGCGAAUCAGGCUUGGAAGUCUGCUGUUGAGCUCGGGCUGUCGAGGAAGUUGGCUGUGGGGUUAAAUGUGCUUCGUGCUAAUGUACUGCAUCGGCAGUUGAUGAUCUCGAAGAAAGGGUAUAUUGGACUUGGGCCCGUGCCUGCGAAGAAGGGUGAUUUGAUAUGUGUACUUUAUGGGUGCUCGGUUCCUAUUGUAUUGAGGAAGGUGGGUAAACAUUACAUACUUGUUGGGGAGUGCUAUGUCCAUGGGCUUAUGGAUGGAGAGGCUCUGGAUCUACUUGCGAUUGGGAAGGCAACUGAGAAGGAAUUUGAGAUCCAUUAA